CUUGCAAAUAUGUCAAAGCCACUGACGAACACUUGCUGCUUCUGCCAAUCUCUACGAAAUGGCUCCAUUAUAUCGGGUCUUCUGGCAAUCACACUGUCCAUCAUAACGAUCGUUAUCAGUUUGACAUUACGCAUAGAUUUCAAUACCAUAGACUUCGAUUGGCUGCCAAAGAAUACCGUUAAGAUUAUAUUAAUUAUAAAUCUAUGUAUGACAAUACUGAUAUCAUUGCUCAUGAUUAUUGGCGUAGUGAAGCGUAAUCACUAUUUGAUGAUGCCAUGGGUUGUUUUGGGCAUUAUGAUAGCCAUUGGUUUACUCAUAUCGGUGAUAUAUACUGCCGUGAAGUUCUUCAUUGACGACUACAUGCUGACUGGCAUACUGUGGCUGGUCAUCGGACUACUCACAACUGCAAUUCUCUCCUACUGCUGGUGCGUUGUUUACAGUGAAUACGUGGUUUUGUUGCAGGAGAACGAAAGGGGACGCUACAACAAACAAUUAUACCGCCGUUAAGCGAGCAACGAAAACGAUUAAACGAAAUUAAAAUAUUUAAGGCAAAAUAAAAGGUGUGAAGCAACUUGUUUUUCAUUUUUUCAAACUGUGCAAAUUAAAUAUUUAUACCAUGAGCGUAUGUAUGUAUGCGGCAGAAUUUGAAAAAUCAGGCAAAUAACACUAUGCACAGCACUUCAAGUGGCAGAAAUUAUAUACUCUUCAUCAUUUAUUUACCAUACUAAUUAUAAUUUAUUUAUAAAUUUAAUUUUAAUUUUAUGAAAGAAUAAAAUUUUAUUACAAUUCAUCGCAUAUUUUUCACUAUCUAUCUACCAACCAAACUCACCGUACUUGCCUACUCUGUGUAUUGUUCUUCACACUCUUUGCUCAUCGUAUGAAUUUACUGGAAUUAGUGCAAAUUUUUUUUAAUUAACAAAAAUUUCAAAAUAUAAAACUAUGUAUGUACAUAUAUGUUAAUAUUUAUAUGUACGCAGUAAUAUGAAAUGUACAUUAAGCAACAAAAUGUUUACUGUUUGUGUGAUGUGUUGUAUCGAAUAAAGAAAAAUAACAAUUUUUAACAAAACAA